UAAACAGUGACAUAUGUUUAUAUUCUUGAUUGAUGAUCUUGUAUGUUGUAUGUUUGUGUCAGGACACAGGUGUGAUGGACCUGUUGAAUGAUGGGAUUCACCAGCCGGUGACGGUCUUCCUGCCCUCAGAUGGCGUCAUGGCGUCGCUGCCACAGGAGCAGAGGGACUUCCUGUUUCACCGAGACAACCGACCGCAGCUGGUGGAGUACCUGAAGUACCACAUCCUGGAGACCCAGAAGGUUUAUGCUGAGGUUUUGAUCCAUCUGGACUCGGUUCGGACUCUGCAGGGUUCGCCGCUCUCGUUCACCUGUGGAGGGACGGACCACAUCGGAGAAAUCUUUGUAAACGAUGGAAAGUGUCGGAUCGUUCAGAGACACCUCGUCUUUAGCGGUGGGAUCGCCUACGGGAUCGACUGCCUGCUGACUCCGCCCAGCCUCGGAGGACGCUGUGAUGAACAGACGGCCUUCGACCUUCAGAUGAGCUGUGGACUUUGCACCUCCUCAUCGUCUCGCUGUUCCAGAGGGUCCAAACUGAAGGAGGUUCAGAAGUGCGACCUUCCAACCAUGUUCGUCACCAAGAACUCCGGCUGUCGCAGCAUCUGCACCGUCAACUUCUGGCAGCCAAAGUGUUGUCAUGGUUACCACGGACGAGACUGUCUCGUCUGUCCCGGUGGAGGCGGCUCUCCCUGCGGUAACCGCGGUCAAUGUGAUGACGGUCACCUUGGUAACGGCACCUGUACCUGUGACCCAGGAUUCAGGGGCGUGGCCUGUGAGCUGUGCAGUGACGGUUUCUACGGAGACGCCUGUACAGCCUGUACCUGUUCAGAACACGGGUCAUGUGACGACGGGCCCAGAGGUACCGGAUCAUGUUUCUGUGAGUCCGGCUGGACCGGAGAGUGCUGCGAGACCCUCCAAGCUGAAGUCUCCGAGUGUUCUCCGCCUUGUUCGGAAAAAGCCGUCUGUCAACAGAACAACACCUGUGUGUGUCGGCCAUUUUAUGAAGGAGAUGGACUCACCUGUACAGCGAUGGACAUGUGUCAGACGUGGAACGGUGGUUGUGCUCGAGGAGCCCGGUGUUCUCAGAAGGGAGAACAGGUGAGCUGCACCUGUCCUAAAGGUCACUCUGGAGACGGGUUCACCUGCCAGCCCUUCGACCCGUGUGUCUCGGGGGACAACGGCGGCUGCCACGAACACGCCACCUGCACCAUGACGGCUCCGGGGAAGAAGAAGUGCACCUGUAAGGACGACUUCAUCGGAGACGGACUCACCUGUCACGUCAAAGAGCUGCCGAUCAGCCGCUGUCUCCAAGACAACGGGCGAUGUCACCGAGAUGCCAAAUGCACCGACCUCCACUUUGAAGACGCGAGGCUCGGUGUGUUCCACCUCCGUUCAGGUGAAGGUCAGUACAAACUGAACUUCACUGCAGCUCAACAGACCUGCGCUGCAGAGGGAGGGAAAUUGGCGACUUACAACCAGCUGUCCUACGCUCAGCAGGGUGGGUUGAAUAUGUGUGCUGCCGGCUGGUUAGACCAGGCCCGGGUGGCGUACCCCACCACAUAUUCCAACCCCCAAUGUGGUUUUGGACACAUUGGCAUUGUGGACUACGGCACACGCAAAAAGAGUGAGAGCUGGGACGCCUUCUGCUACCGGAUGAAGGAGGUGAAGUGUGAGUGUAAGCCCGGCUACGUAGGAGACGGAGUCAGCUGUACAGGAAACCUGCUGCAGGUCCUCAAAUCCACACCGACCUUCUCCAACUUCCUCACACAAAUCCUGAACUACUCUCAGGCGUCUGUGUUGGGAAAGCAGUUUGUGAAGCGUCUCAGUAACCUGACGGUCCAGUCAACUCUGUUUGUGCCGGACAACAACGGCCUGCCUGACAACCAGACUCUGUCUCAGCGGGAUGUUGAGUUCCACCUGUCGGAGGGUCGGGCUCUUCCUCUCAGCCAGCUGAAGAACGGCAGCCGGAUCAGAACUCGUGUCGGCAGUCUGACCGUCUUCGGUGUCGCUGACCUCCUCAGCCUGUCGGCUCUGUCGUCCCGUUUCAUCAACGACCGCUUUGUCACCGACUCGGACAUCCUGGCUUCAAACGGCAUCAUUCACGUUCUCCAGGGGCCGCUGAAAGCCCCGCCUCCUCGCCAAGAGAUGCACGUGGCACAUAAGGCCGGGAUGGGAGUCGGAGUGGUGCUGCUAAUUGUUCUGAUGGCGGGAGUUGUCUUCGUCGGAUACCACUUCUACACCCACAACACGAAGCCCUUCCAGUUCCACUACUUCAAGGUCAGAGUAUCUGUAGUGUCCUUCAGUGUAACACGUGUAUUGGCAUCAGUGUAACAC